UUAACUCAUUAACUCAUCAUCUACCAUCCCAAAAUUUCUUCAUUAACCAGAUGACAUCAUCUCCAAAGGUCCUUAGUCGUAGUACGUAGGAUCCGCGGCCCUUAGCCGCCCAGCGUAAAUGACUAUGGCUGAGAGCACCACCACCCAUGACAAGACUAACAACAACCAUCCAUUGGUUUUCAAUCAAAACCAUCGCGUGGUCGGCAAGUACAAGAAAAGGAAGCGAUUGAGUCAAGUGUUGGACAAACUUACAGGUGGAGGUUCAUCGCCACAAGAUAGAGAACCGUCUCCAGAAAAUCCUGCAACAAACAAUAACAUUGCAGAGGCCUACAAUAAUAACAAAGGUGAUAUGGCGCUGCAUAUGACCAUGCAAGAAAAACACUAUCGACCAGAGGUAUUUAAAUUCGAUUUACCCGAUAAAGAAAAGUACAAAACAAUCAGCGAAGACGAAGAUGUAUUUAGUCCUGCAAGCUCAAGUAACAAAUCUCCACACAGCUCAACUGAUUCUCCACAAAUACGAUUUAGUCCUCUACGAAUUAAAGACGAUACAAGUCCCAGUCCUCCUUUAUAUCAACGGCAAACAACUUGUCCAUGCUACCAGUGUGUAACUGGAGUUGUAAUGGGCCACCAUCCUCCACCUCUUCAUCCUUACGAUAGAUUCUUUCCCGCUUCGCCAAUCUCACCUUUAACUCCAUCAUCUCCAGCUCCGACGUAUAGUUUCGAACGUUACCUUCACUCAAAGUACCUGCCUGAUAUCUUUCGUAAACGAAGCCAUUCGGAUUCGGAUUUGCCGAUGUGGUUCGAAGCCGCUAAAGCAGAAAGAGCCAGAGCUCCGCUGACUUGGCCUCAUCCUCUUACGCUUUCUACUGGCUGCGGAAAAGGAUCGGUAGACUCGAAUACGUGGUCUCCGCAAGAAUCUCCGUUGGAUCUAUCGAUGAAAACGUCCAGAAGUCGAGAACAUUUAGAAUGUUUGGUUCCGCCUCCUUUGCAAUUACUCCCUCCUGGAUUCUUGCCUCCGCGUGGACCUGUUUCAGUACCUGUUAUUAAAGGUGAUGUGGCGUCACCGACUACAAAAGAAUCAGUUGCUUCUAGAUACAAUCUGGAAGUUUCGCCUGUUGUGGAGGAGAUGCCUCCGGGAUCGGAUGUCGCAUACGUUUGUCCAGUGUGCGGUCAGAUGUUCAGUCUACAUGAUCGUCUAGCUAAACAUAUGGCUUCACGACAUAAAAGCAGACAAACUAACGGCGAAACUGCAGCCAAAGCUUAUUUGUGUGAAGUGUGUAAAAGAUCAUUCGCUCGUAGUGAUAUGCUUACAAGACAUAUGAGACUACAUACAGGUGUUAAGCCCUACACAUGUCGCGUGUGCGGUCAAGUGUUUUCAAGAUCAGAUCACCUUUCGACUCAUCAAAGAACUCACACCGGUGAGAAGCCGUAUAAGUGCCCGCAGUGUCCUUACGCUGCUUGCAGAAGGGACAUGAUUACGAGACACAUGAGGACGCACACUCGUUUCGAUCCAGACCCGGUCGCCACUCAAAUAAAGGCUGAGCAUAUUAAGGCUGAAAAUCAUUGAGAUCUAUGCAAGUUGGAAUCUCUUUUACAUUAUUUAUUGGGUUAGUCAAUAUUCAGGAUAUAUCUUUAUUAUUUCUAAAGCUCAAGUGCCUAUUAUUAUUUAUUUAAAUUAUUGUUGAUUAUAAGUGUUUAAAAGUUUUUUGUAUGAAAUACAAUGAAAGGUACAUAUCUUAGUAUAUAAAGAAUUAUUCUGAGUAUUGAAAAGUGACAUAAUAUUUAUUAUUAUAAACUAAAAAUACUUGAUGGGGCCAAAUCUCUAAAAUAAAGGUGAAUAUUUUUAAUUAUUUAAAUUAAAACAAAUUUUAAUCUAGUCCUAUGCGCGUACUGGAUUUUCCCGAUAGUAUUUUUGGUUUCGUUACAUCCCCCCCCCCCUGCAAGAAUUGUUAUGAAAUUUACAGAAAAUGUUAAUAAAAUAAAAAUUCUUGCAAUCCUUUGCCAUUUUUGCCUUUUAAGAAGAUCUCAUACCAUUCCACAUAUUCGCAGAUUUGCCGGGCCAGUUAUAAAAAUUAUCUAACAACUAAAAAGAUAUUGAUAAUCAGUGCCAAAUAGAUGGUCAGUGGCAAUAUGCUAAUGCCAGAAAAAUCACUCGUUUUUUAUACACUUUUUUUUUCAUAAGAUGCUUAUCGUUCGAAAUGUAUGUUUCUGAUUUUAUAAAUUAAAAUCACCAAUUUAUUAUACAGUGUGGUAAUAAAGUAAGGAAUACAAAUUCAUAAUUGUAUUAUUUGAUAUUUUCAAGCAAAAUGCUGGGACUCGUAAAUUUUAAUAUUUAUUUAGCUACCUUAUGGUAUAACUUUUUUACUUAUGACGUCAUGUAUUUUUGCACAAUGACGUCAUCAUUGGUGUUUUAAUAGUGAAAGUGAAAGUGAAAGCUUGUCCCGCCAGCGGAACGUCUUAGAAGGUUGUUUAGGAGAAGGCUGACAAAAUGAAAAUGUAACUAUUUAUUAUAAAGAGACCCCUAGGAGUCGCUGAAAAUUAUAAGGCGACCCCUACGGGGUCGCUUAAAUAUAGAAGGCGACCCCUACGGGGUCGCCGGAAGUUAUAAAGCGACCCCUACGGGGUCGAUUUAAAUUAUACGGCGACCCCUACGGGGUCGCUGACUAAUUUUUCUCAACAAUUAUUUUUUUUUAUAAUAAAAAACUAAAAAUUUCCAAUCUUUAUAUAAAAAUCCUAAUUUUCUCAUAUUUGGAGGGGCUUUAGGGGCUAUCACCAAAUAACAUUUUUUCUUAAAAUAAUUCACCCAAUAAUAUGUCACGAUUUUUUUUAAAUUCCAA